CCUUCACAACACAACUCAUCACAAAACAACCUUUUCUUCUUCUUCUCCUCCUACAAUGGCUCUAACAAAAUCAACUAAACUUCCUCAAACUCAACUCAUCAAACAAAUCCUUAAAAGAUGUUCAAGCCUAACCAAAAAACAACAACAACAACAAUCCUACGAUGAUCAUCGUUUAAAUGUUCCUAAAGGCCACUUUGUUGUCUAUGUUGGUGAAAACCGAAGCAGGUACAUUGUCCCUAUUUCCUUCCUAACUAGACCAGAGUUUCAGAAUCUUUUACAUCAAGCUGAAGAAGAGUUCGGAUUCGAUCAUGACAUGGGUCUCACCAUCCCUUGCGACCAAGAUGCUUUUGAGUCUCUCACUUCCAUGCUUAGAUAGAAAGUUUCCAUUUUUACAUUUUGAUGGAGAAAAAAAAAACACCAUAAAGAUGAAGCUGCUUCAUUGCUUCUCUAUGAGUUUAUAAUUUUCUCCUUUUUUCUUCUUCUUCUUUAAUUUCUAAUAUAUAUUAAUAUUAGAAUAUGUAUGUAUGAAUGUAUGAAUGAGGUUGGUGUUUUAGAGAGAGUCCAACCUUAAAAAAAUUCCCCAAGAAUUAAUGAAUCUUUGUGGGUUGAUUUAGAUUGUAAAUCUAGUUUGGUAGAAAUUGAGCACCAUUUUUUAUUCC